AUGGCGACGUUCUUCAGUCAGUCGUCCAUUGUCAAAGCCGAAGAGGUGGAAGAGGCUCGUCGAUAUUUGGAACAUGCUUCUCGAGAACCACAGAAUCGCAUCGACAUAUUAGAAGCCAUUCCGCGACCUUCACAACCAUCGUUUGCACCAUUAGCGACCCUCUCAGCCCUUCUCGAGACUAUUCCGGGCCCAUGGCCAGUACUUCAUCUUCAGCGGACACAUAAUGAGCUCUGGAAGCUUCUCCCCGAAGAUGCAAAGGCCGGACAUGCGUCGCCGGAUGGACAGAAGUUGAUUGACCACGUCUUGGGACAAUGCAAGUCGUCCUAUUCAUCACUCCUCGACCUUUACCACCCUUCAUCUAGAACAUCUGCAAUCAUCGAUCCGGAAAGCAGCCGGUCAGCGAGCCAUGACGAGCUCGCCAGAACUAUCAGCAACUUCACACUUCCAAUCUCGUCUAGCUCCGACCGUUCGAAGCCUGUCGUAGCCAUAUCCCUUCCUAACGGUCCUUUACUUGCCAUGACGGUGCUGGCCACCGCCACAUACUACACAGCAGCACCUGUAGCACACGGGAGUGGCGUCGGUGCUGAGCAAUUCAAAGCAGAUGUCCUGCAGUCGAAGAGUGAUGCGGUAAUUGCGUCUGCAGCCGAUGUUCAGAGGCUUGGUCUCCGAGAAUCCUGGCUCGAAGAAGCUGGCAUCACGGUACUCCUUGUCGAUCUCACAAGCGACAUGAGGCUUUCAGUUACAGAUCUUGACGAACGGCCGGUGAAUAAGUCAAACGACAUCGUUCGUCGAAACACAGCCGACGAUACUGGCAUCAUGCUGUUCACAAGCGGAACAAGUGGCACCAGGAAGCUUGUUCCUCUAAGCAUUCAUUCCAUGGUUUGUGGUGUUGCAAUGGUGGAGAAGUCCUGGGGCCUGGAGCCAUCUAUGCGGUGUCUCAACCAAAUGCCGCUGAAUCAUGUGGGAGGCCUCAUCCGCAACCUGUUUGCUCCGGUGUUCUCUGGAGGCUCAGUGAUCUGCUGCAGCGCUUUUGAUGCAAACCUGUUUUGGGAUUGUGUCGAAGACUUUGCUCCAACUUGGUAUUAUGCCUCGCCAAGUAUGCACCAAGUCAUUCUUGAAGCAGGAUCAGAUCGACCCGAGAGUGUUGAAAAGAGCCGGAUUCAACUCAUUUGCAACGCAGCAGGCGGCCUCCUGCCCAGCCUGGCCUUGAAACUCCGUGACACAUUCUCAACUCAGACGAUCCAAUGUACAGUACUCCCUAGCUACGGCAUGACGGAAUGUAUGCCUAUUUCGACUCCGCCUUUGGACUACAAGCUUGACAAGACUGGAACUUCGGGAAUCAGCGUUGGACCAGAAAUCUGCAUUCUCAACGGCCGCGAUGAGCGAGAGAGGACAGGAGAAGUCGGCCGCAUUUGCGUUCGCGGAGCUCCUGUCUUCGACGGCUAUCUGAAGGCAGAUAACGUCAUUGACAAGUCCUGCUUCAAUGCGCAUGGAUGGUUUGAUACAGGCGAUAUGGGCUACCUCGAUGACGAAGGAUUCUUGUACAUCACAGGCCGCUCGAAAGAGGUCAUCAACCGCGGUGGUGAACUUAUCAGCCCCUUCGAGGUGGAAGAAGCAAUCAUUGCUGCUGCCAACAAGCCCGGCUCUCCAAUCUAUGGUCGAGUGAGCAAAGCCCUCGCAUUUUCCGUUACUCACAAUGUCCUGCAAGAAGUUGUCGGACUUGCUGUCGCAACGCCUGAUGGAGCUCCUCGUCCGUGCCUUCGUACCAUUCAGGAAGCCGUCAAAUCGGAGCUGAGCCAAGUGAAGCUGCCUGUCGCUGUUGUCUACAUGCAAGGUGGAGUCCCAACAAACAAUAACAAGGUCCUUCGUAUCAAGCUCGCCGAUCGUCUGAGGCUUCCAGAAGUCUCUGAUAGCACACCUACUGCCGAACGACAUUUCGAAGCAGCAUGUCCACCACCGAACACAGCUCUCAGCGUUCCAAUUGGCAGCAAGCCUCUUGUCGUCUCUCAUGAGACCUUGCAGUCUGCGUGCGAGACUGUGGUCCCACGGGCUUUCGACUUCUGGAUCAAGGAUUCCUACUUCUACCCAGAACUCGUGCUUGCUCCAAAGAGUGGUAAGGAGACUGGUGUGAUCAACAAGCAGUCCCUUCUGGAGGAUAUAGCUGGGCGUGUUCAUGGCUACAAUAUCCCGGUCAAGAUCCAUCAGCUUGAAGAACCAUUCGUUCGCGAUGAUUUUGGAGACAUCGAUGUGGAUGUCGUGAACGCAACGAUUACCAAGCCGAAACCCUCUGUUAAAAUUGCAGCGCCAGUAGAGGGCUCCGAGACUACAGAAGCGACGAUCAGCCGUGUAUUUGCUCGGGUUCUCUCACUUCCAGUGGAAGAAGUCAACUCGUCCUCUGACUUUUUUGAACUUGGUGGCGAUUCCAUGGGCGCCGGUCGGCUACUCAAUGCCCUUCGGAAAGAGUAUCCGGUCCGACUACCGAUCAGUGUACUCUUCACGAAUCCAAAGGUCCACCAGCUGGCUCAAGUCAUCGAGGAGAAGCUACCAAAUACUUCUCCAGAGAGCAAAACCGGUAACGCCGAGCCCGCUCUCCCACCUCUACUGCCUGGCUUGGAGAAGACCUGCAGCUCCUCCAAUCCAGCUCUCCUGCUUCUACAACUCGUCCCAAUUGUCCUCAUGUACCCAAUGAGACGAGCGUUGACAUGGACAGUGUUCAUCUACAUGCUUCGGGAUACUCAGGACUGGCCCACAAACGAAACCGUGCCUGGUCGCCUCUUCGACCUUGUCAUCUCCAUCAGCGUCGGUGGAAUCGUCACUCGGAUCAUUAGUCCUUGUCUUGCUAUCAUCUUCAAGUGGCUGGUCGUGGGCCGCUACAAGCAAGGCUUGUACCCAAUGUGGGGAUCCUAUCACACGAGGUGGUGGAUAGUGCAGAAAGCAACAGCCACGUGUGGCAUGGGUGUUUUCGCUCUCUUCAACGGCUCCCGAGUGCUGUAUCAUAGGCUUUUGGGCGCCAAGAUUGGACGGAAUGUCACCAUUCAAAAGGGAGUCACGAUUGGAGAGUGGGAUCUGCUGACGAUCGAAGACAACGUUGUCCUCGAACGCAGCAUUGUCCGGCCUUUUGCCGCGGAACGCAACACUACGAUGUAUCUCGGACGCAUCCACAUUGGCGCAAAUGCUUCAGUUGGCCUUGCCUCUGUAGUCGCGGCCGGCACUACGGUCCCUGCAAACGCCUGUAUAGGACCAAACUCCUCGAGCUGGGAGACCGAUGGCGUUGACGAGGCCAACCGAGAUCUCGCGUCAAACAAGAUCCCGCCUGCUCACUGGGCUCUCGAAUAUCUGGUCGGCCUCCCUCUUGCCUUCAUGGUCAAGUUCGUCGGCGCGGUGCCCUGGUUGGCCUCUCUCACCGCACUCGUCAUGCACGAGCCAAGCGUUGCUCCAGACAUGUUCCGACAAGUCAUCAUCUGGUUUGCAUCUCCCGGACGUGUGUCGUUCCACUAUCUUGCCCUGGCUGCCAACGUCGCUCUCGGACCGUUCUUCUUCUUCUUCGCCUUCCUCGUGAUCAAGAAGCUUUUCGACUGCACUGGGGGCAAGAUUCAGCCUGGGCGCGCCGACAACCGCAGCCAAUGGACCAAGUUCAGAAUGCAGUGGAUGAGGACCGUCAUGCCUGCUCCGCAAUUCCACAAGCUCACCGAGCUCUUCGGCACUCACUAUGAUAGUACCUCGGUCUUUGCCAGAGCACUUGGCUCAAGAGUUGGCAAGCGUGUCUAUUGGCCAGGAACUGGGCCUUCGAUCCAGGACUUCGAUCUUCUCGAGAUUGGCGAUGAUGUUGUCUUCGGCUCGCGCUCUCAUCUCGUCACAUCUGACGGCACAGGCAGCGACUACGUCCGCAUCAAAUCUGGAGCGAUGAUUGCUGAUCGCGUUGUCCUUCUUCCUGGAGUCGAGGUUGGCGACCAUACCGUAAUGGGCAGUGGUGCUCUGACCAAGCGCAACAAUCGAUAUGCCGACGGUACAACCUGGGUUGGAGCCAAGAACGGCGAGGCGGUAAAAACUUCGAGUUCCCGCACCGUCGAUCGUGAGAGUACCGGUUCGACACAAGGCGAAGAUGGCGAAUCUUCUCCUUUCGGACGUGCCUUCUACCAGGGCAAAGCGAACUAUCGCGUAUGGAGCCAAUUCGAGAUCUUCACCUAUUCCACAAUCAUCGCUGUGGCCAAUGGCGUGUUCUGGAAUAUCGGAUCCGUCUCUGCUGUUCAGAUCGUGGCGUACCUCUUCAAGCACCACAACAUAGUUGUGAGAGUCUUCUUGGCACACAAUGUGUGGUGGCGACCGAUUGCAGUCUACACCCUCUUCCUGACGCUUAUCGUCGGCAUCAUGGCAUUGCAGAGCAUUGCAGUCAUAGCAUUCAUCAUCGCCGCCAAGUGGAUCCUCAUGGGUCGUCGACAGCCUGGCAAUUAUGAUUGGGACAAAUCUCCCUACUGCCAACGCUGGCAACUAUUCCUGAAGCUCGAGACUUUCCGACGCCACUGCUAUGGCGGCCAUGGCAUCCUCGGCCUCCUCACCGGCACCAAAUGGAUUUCGCUUUACUUCACAGCCCUCGGCGCCAAGAUCGGCAAAGACUGUGCCCUUUUCGCCGGUGGCCUGCCGUCACUCAUGUUCACGGAACCCGAUCUUCUCACUCUUGGCGAUAGAGUCUGCGUCGACGAUGCCUCUCUCGUAGGCCAUAUCAACACUCGCGGAAAAUUCGACCUCAACCCCCUCUCUGUGGGCUCACGGUCAGUCCUACGGAGUGGCUCCCGACUACUCUCCGGCGCCAAGAUGGAAGAAGACACUUGCCUCCUCGAACACACUCUCGUCAUGGCCGGCGAUGUCGUUGAUGCUGGUAGCACUAGCCAAGGCUGGCCGGCGGAGGACUUCACUGCCAACCGCAUUCCAACCAUGGAGCAAGCUCAGUACUGGAAAGUCAAGGCUUGA